AUGGCACCCCAGAGAGACACCCAGCACAGGGCCCUCGCUCUGAGAACCAGCCCUACCAUCAGCUCAGGCAUCACCAAGCCCAAGGCGCACGCAAUCCCGAAGCCAUCCCGGGGCGCGGUGGCCCUCUACGCGCUCCUUGACGCCGUCAUGGGCGCGUCCGACCUUCCGAGCAGCGGGAAGGACAUCAAGCGCAAGAGCGGCGCCGACGACGACGUCAUCCGUGGUGCCAAGCGCAGACGCGCCUCAGACGACGACGAGCCCAAGGUCAAGCACAAACACCUCCCACCCCGCCACCGCCACGACUCCCGCCCCUACCCAUCCCACAUGUACGCCCCCGCGCCCCUCCCCGCCGUCCCCGCGGCCCUCCUCGCCCAGCCCUUCGGCCACGUCGUGGACGCUUACCCGCAGCUCGCGUGCACCAUCGACCGGCACCAGCGCAGCGUGCGGGCGGACAUCUUCGGGUUCUGGCCUUACCAAUCUCGACGCACUUCCUCUUCCUCCAAAUCGCCCCCAAGCCCAAGCCCAAUCCAAUCCGAAGAAGUCCCAGCUCUCCACCCACGCGUGCGCGCCCAGACCUUCGAUCAGGCACUACAGCGCGCACCGCUGCUCAGCCGCCUGAUCGAGCGGUACCAGACCGAUCUUGGGAGGGAGUACUUCGGGUUCUGGGCCACGGACCCGCGGGACGCCGACCCGACGAUCGGGAAGCGGGAGGUGGAGUGCAUGGCGCCGCCGUUUAAGCCGGCUGCCCCUGAGCAUGUCGAGUGGGCACGGAGCCGGACGGGGAAGCCUUACUCGCGGCCUCUUUCGACGCGCACCAGGGCUUCGAGGUGGUAA